AUGAGCGGCGACAAGAUGGAAGUCGAGCUCGCUGAAGAGCGCAUGAAGGCACUUGCCCACAGCGAGCAGCACUACUUCAAGAGCUACGACCAUCAUGGCAUCCAUGAGGAAAUGCUGAAAGAUGAGGUCCGCACGCGAUCUUACAUGAACGCCAUUGUACAAAAUAAGCACCUGUUCAAGGACAAGGUUGUUCUCGAUGUUGGUUGUGGCACCGCCAUCUUGUCCAUGUUCGCCGCCAAAGCCGGUGCCAAGCAUGUCAUUGGCGUCGACAUGUCUUCCAUCAUCUUCAAGGCCCGCGAAAUCGUCAAGGCCAACGGACUCGCCGACAAGAUCACCCUGAUCCAAGGCAAGAUGGAGGAGAUUGACCUGCCCUUUCCCAAGGUCGACAUCAUCAUCUCCGAGUGGAUGGGCUACUUUCUCCUGUACGAGAGCAUGCUGGACACUGUUCUGUACGCUCGUGACAAGUACCUUGAAAAGGACGGCCUGAUAUUCCCCGACAAGGCCACCAUCUUCUUUGCCGGUAUCGAGGAUGGCGACUACAAGGAGGAGAAGAUUGGAUUCUGGGACAAUGUCUACGGCUUUGACUACACGCCCCUGAAGGAAACCGCCCUCUCGGAGCCGCUUGUCGACACGGUUGAUCUCAAAACCGUCGUGACCGAUCCCACCCCGGUCCUUGUGCUCGAUCUAUACACAUGCACCACCGCCGACUUGGCAUUCACCUCGGCCUUUACCCUCGCCGCCAAGCGAAACGACUUCAUCCACGCCCUCGUGUCAUGGUUCGACAUUGACUUCACUGCCUGCCACAAGCCCAUCCGAUUCUCCACCGGCCCGCACACCAAGUACACCCACUGGAAGCAAACCGUCUUCUACUUCAAAGAGGUCCUGACCGUCGAGACCGGCGACGAGAUCUCGUGCAACCUGCAGGUCAAGCCCAAUGCCAAGAACCGCCGCGACCUGGACAUUGAUAUCCAGUACGACUUCCAGUCCGACAAUGCCACACGCUCGUGUUCUGGAGCAUCCACCUACCACAUGUGCUGA